AUGAGAGCUGCCAGCCAGCUCCACGAAGAAAGGAACCUCUUUGCCAAGCACGGAUGCUGCAAGAGGCAAGCGCGGUCCAUCUACAUUGGGCACGAUCUCUCUGGCAGCCCGGUGAGCAUCGACGUGGGCACCUGCCAGGCACACUGUGGUGGUACCCGAAGAAAGAGCGGGUCAGGUUUCGCCGGCGUCUCCCGACAAUCCUCCAUGCUGGACUUCCUCAAAACCAAAAAGCUACAGGAGAGGCUCCCCAGCUCCCUCGCAGUAUCCGAACCCUCCGCCAGGUUGGAGCGUUCCUGCCCAGAGAAUUACCGCUGCGAGCCCAGCAGUGUCCGGGUGCAAGAGCUCCUGCUUCUGGAAGGCGUUCGACAGGUGGAGGUCAUUGAAGACUGCCAGUGCAACGCUAGCCCAUCCGAAUGUCUCCGGCUGCCUUCUCUGAAAACCUUCUUCCCAGACUCCCCUCUGGAACAGACAUUGGACGUCGGCAGGUGUUCCGAUCCAGAACAUUCUGAAGGGGGGCUGUUCUGCCUGCCCACGGAUUUCGACUCCCUUCUGAUGAAGACCCCAAACGGGCACCGUGCGGUCCAGAUCCUGGGGAGCUGCCGGCUGAGGGAGCCCUGUUACCGGGUCUCCCACAUGGAAUACUACUACGAAGUGGUGCUCAACUCUGCGGGAGAAAAACUGGAGCUGAUUAAGGAAAUUGAUGUGGGAAGGUGCUUAGGCCAAUGUGCCCCUGGAAGCCCCUGCCUGCUAAGGGACCCGCAAAACCAGUGCCUUGUCGGAGGCGAAGACAUCUCCAGCUCCUGCACCCCUCACCAAUACGAGACUAAUACCUUCCGGAGCCGAAGCGGGGAGCUGCGCACCGUCUUUGCCGUCCGAGCUUGCAAAUGUGGGGUCUUAAAGGGUCUGGAACGGGGGCCCCAAAAAACUCGAGGUUUAAUUUAA